AUGGCACCCAACGAGCUCUACCAGUACUCGGUCGUCAACGCCCUGAUGGACGGCGUCGCCAACAAAGGGCUGCUCAUCUCCACCCUCCUCCAGCAUGGUGACCACGGAAUCGGCACGUUCCGGCACAUGGUUGGCGAGCUGAUUGUCGUCAACGGCGAAGCCUACCAGAUGAAGUCAGACGGUUCCGUGACAACUGUCGAUACCAGCUUGGACUCCUCGGUCGUCGCGCCCUUCGCCAUGGCAACACACUUCGAGCCCGCCCACGCAACCACAGCCGUCCUGGCGGACAAGGCCGACCUCUUUGGUUUCUUGUCCUUCUUGCUCCCGGAGGCCCAUAACCUCUAUCUCGCUGUGCGUAUCUCUGGCGUCUUCAAGAGCAUCACCGUGCGCACUGUCGGCGGCCAGUCCAAGCCUGGUGAAGGCCUCGCCGAGGUGGGCAAGCACCAGACCUCUCACACCUUCGAGGAGCCCAUGGAGGGGGUCAUUAUAGGCUCCGGUCCCCAGACUACAUGCAGGGCGACAAAGGGCGGUCACUUGCUGGCGCUGGCCUCCGAUGGCGAGGUCAAUGUCGAGGUAGCUCCGAUCUCAAAGUUCCAUCUGGAGCUGCCUGUGCACGACGAGGAUUUCAACGAGGCCGAGCUGAAGGGUGAUGUCGCGGGCAUUGCCGCUGUGGAAGGAUGA